AUGCAGCAUCCCAGUAUUUUUGGAAUGUACAGUCUGUGCAGCUUCCAAAUCUUUGUAUUGGAUGUGCUUCAAUUUCUCGGCUUAGUAUCUAAAAUCUGCCUUAUACAGAUGAUAUUUACAUGUAUUUCUCUGCAUUGGGAAAUGAGCAUUCUACCUUGUGUCACUGGACUCAGAACCUACUGCAACUGUGUAAUUGCUGAUCCACACUUGACUGCCUCAAGGGGUCCUGGCAGGAUGGCAUGUUCCAGACUCCCUAUCCUUCUAGCACUGGCAUUUUCCUCUUUGUCCUUUGUUCAUUCCCAUUCAAACAGGGAGAUGUGGUUUCAGGAUUUCUUUCCACCUAAUGUGUGCCCUAUAAAUGCCAAAGCCAACACUUUUUAUGGCAUAAUGUUUGAUGCAGGAAGCACUGGAACCCGGAUUCACAUCUACACCUUUGUGCAGAAGAGCCUAGAAAACCUUCCAGAGUUGGAAGGGGAAAUCUUUGAGUCUGUGAAGCCAGGUCUUUCUGCAUAUGCUGAUCAGCCUGAAAAGGGUGCUGAAACUGUCAGAAAAUUGCUGGACAUGGCCAUAGAUGCUGUGCCACCUCAUCUCUGGAAGAAGACCCCAGUAGUGUUAAAAGCCACAGCCGGACUGCGCUUGCUGUCGGAGGAGAAAGCUCAGGCUCUGCUUUUAAAGGUGAGAGAAGUCUUUGAGGAAUCACCAUUUCUUGUUCCAGAGGACAGUGUUAGCAUCAUGGAUGGGUCUUAUGAAGGAAUUUUAGCCUGGAUCACUGUGAACUUUUUGACAGGACAGCUGUCUGGCCGGAACCAGCAUACUGUUGGGACUCUGGACUUGGGAGGAGCCUCAACCCAAAUCACAUUCCUGCCACGGUUUGAGGAAACUUUGAAGGAAACCCCUGGGGAUUUUCUUACCUCAUUUGAAAUGUUUAAUAGCACCUACAAGCUCUAUACCCACAGCUAUUUGGGAUUUGGACUAAAAGCUGCCAGACUAGCAACACUUGGAGCUUUGAAUGUGGAAGCUGUGGAUGGACAAAUGUUCCGCAGUUCUUGUUUGCCAAAGCAGCUGGAGGCAGAGUGGCACUUCGGGGGAGUGAAAUACCGGUAUGGUGGCAACAAAGAAGGAGAAACAGGAUUCAAGCCUUGCUACUUGGAAGUACUCAAGGUUGUCAAAGGAAAACUUCACCAACCAGAUGAGAUUCGUGGAAGUUCCUUCUAUGCUUUCUCCUAUUAUUACGAUCGCGCAGUUGACACCGACCUAAUUGAUUAUGAACAGGGAGGUGUUCUGGAAGUGAAAGAUUUUGAAAGAAAAGCCAAAGAAGUCUGUGAUAACAUGGAGAGGUACAACUCAGCCAGUCCUUUCCUCUGCAUGGAUCUCACUUACAUCACUGCUUUACUAAAGGAAGGAUUUGGAUUUAGGGACAACACGCUCCUACAGUUAACAAAGAAAGUGAACAACAUAGAGACAAGCUGGACUUUGGGUGCUACCUUUCACCUACUGCAGUCUCUGGGGAUAACCUAUUGAGCUGUGAUGUUCCUGUGGACUUCAGCAUUUCUGACAAGCUCAGAAAGCAAACUGAAAUCUCCAGGUACGUUGUUCAGCUGGAGUUCGCCACACAGCAGAACAUGGACCAAAGCUGUAGAACAGAUCUUCACCCAGGAUUGGCAUCGUGCAUAAUGAGAGUUGCCACAGUAUGAUUUAUAAUUGUGAUUGCCAUAAAUGAUCCAGAAGCUGCCUUCCGAAGGUCAAAAGGCCUAAACUCCAGCAGAGUAUCUGCAAGGGGCUCAAAGCCAGCUUUCACCAGCACAUUUGUAAUAGCAUCCCACUGCUAGAAGCACAGAGUACCUGGCAUAUGGUGGUAGACUACAGACAUCUGAUUUCCCUUCCCCCUUUUAUUUUAAACAUACA